AUGGUGGAGCAGUUCAUGAUUGGGGUGACAAAUGUGUUGGGGUCAAGUUGGGUCUGUUAUCGGCACCUUGUGUCUGGUUACAGUCUGGUUGAGAGUCCAUUGUGGUUGAAGAGGUGCCUAUCAGGCUGUUGGGACCCUCACGAGAAAAGGUCCAUUGAGACUGGCCGCUUGCGUUGGACCAUUUGCUUUCGUGAAGCUGGUAUACUGAUCCCAGAUUCUGUAUCUUUCUCCUUCCUUUCACCAGACUGUAUAGAAACCUUUAGCAGAAGAUUGCGUUCUGAUCAUUCCGAUCCGAAAGAAGCUGAAACAGGCCAUGAAAUAGUUAGGGAUGACAGUUUUCCCUUCAUUUAUCUGAAUGGAGAUGGGUAUGGAGAGAUUUCUCUCUAUGGAAGUAGAGGUGGAGGCAAGUAA